AUCUUCAUUAACAACGAGUGGCAGAGCUCAGAGAGCGGGCGAGUGUUCCCUGUCUAUAAUCCAGCUACAGGAGAGCAAGUGUGUGAAGUUGAAGAAGCAGACAAGGCAGACAUAGACAGAGCUGUGCGGGCAGCCCGCCUGGCCUUCUCUCUUGGCUCAGUGUGGAGAAGGAUGGAUGCGUCAGAACGAGGCCGUCUGCUGGACAAGCUAGCGGACUUGGUGGAGCGAGACCGAGCGAUUCUUGCGACCAUGGAGUCCCUAAAUGGCGGCAAACCAUUCCUCCAAGCUUUUUACGUGGAUUUGCAGGGCGUCAUCAAAACCCUUCGGUAUUACGCAGGCUGGGCUGAUAAAAUUCAUGGGAUGACCAUUCCUGUAGAUGGGGACUACUUCACCUUCACAAGACACGAGCCCAUCGGGGUGUGCGGACAGAUCAUCCCGUGGAACUUCCCCCUGCUGAUGUUCGCCUGGAAGAUCGCUCCAGCUCUGUGCUGCGGCAACACGGUGGUGAUCAAGCCAGCGGAGCAGACGCCGCUCAGCGCCCUGUACAUGGGAGCCCUGAUCAAGGAGGCUGGCUUUCCACCUGGAGUGAUCAAUAUCCUGCCAGGAUAUGGGCCGACAGCUGGCGCAGCGAUUGCUUCUCACGUUGGCAUAGACAAGAUUGCAUUCACAGGCUCCACGGAGGUUGGGAAGCUUAUCCAAGAGGCAGCUGGAAGAAGUAAUUUGAAGAGAGUAACUCUGGAACUUGGAGGAAAAAGUCCCAACAUUAUUUUUGCAGAUGCAGAUUUGGACUACGCCGUGGAGCAGGCGCACCAGGGCGUGUUCUUCAACCAAGGCCAGUGCUGCACCGCGGGCUCGCGCAUCUUCGUGGAGGAGUCCAUCUACGAGGAGUUCGUGAGGAGGAGCGUGGAGCGGGCCAAGAGGCGCAUAGUGGGGAGUCCCUUUGACCCCACCACCGAGCAGGGGCCCCAGAUCGAUAAGAAACAGUACAACAGGAUCCUGGAGCUCAUCCAGAGCGGCGUGGCCGAGGGCGCCACGCUGGAAUGUGGAGGCAAAGGCCUGGGCCGGAAGGGGUUUUUCAUUGAACCCACCGUGUUUUCCAACGUCACGGAUGACAUGAGGAUUGCCAAGGAGGAGAUCUUCGGUCCCGUUCAGGAAAUUCUGAGGUUUAAGACGAUGGACGAGGUUAUUGAAAGAGCCAAUAACUCGGACUUUGGACUCGUAGCCGCUGUCUUCACUAAUGACAUCAACAAGGCCCUCACAGUGUCUUCUGCAAUGCAGGCUGGGACUGUGUGGAUCAAUUGUUACAAUGCCUUAAAUGCCCAGAGCCCCUUUGGAGGGUUCAAGAUGUCUGGAAAUGGAAGAGAAAUGGGAGAGCCUGGCUUGCGCGAGUACUCGGAAGUCAAGACGGUCACUGUCAAGAUCCCGCAGAAGAACUCCUAAGGAGACCAGGAGGAAGCAGUGCGGUCCGCAACCUGAGGCCCGGACAGAAGCCGGCUUCUGAGUCCUUCCUGGAAUGCCCUGCUCCUCCCCUGUAGUGCGUCCAGCCGAACACACCCGUAACCAGCUCGUCACCUUUGAACUGCAAUGCAGAAUGUGAAAAUGAAGAUUUAUUUCUUUUAAUUUACUUAAGAAGAAGCCUGUGCUAGCAAUAAAGCAUUUAUAUUGUGUACCCGUUGGGA